AUGGGUUCCAUAUCGAAUGGCCCCGUCGAGCUCUUUGAGGCUGUGCCUCAAGCGCCAGAAGACCCUCUAUUCGGGUUGAUGGCCGCGUACCGACAGGAUACAUAUGAGAAAAAAGUCGAUCUGGGAAUUGGUGCAUACAGAGACAACAAUGCGAAGCCUUGGGUGUUACCUGUCGUUAAGAAAGCAGACCAGAUCCUCCGAGAUGACCCCAAUCUGAACCACGAAUACCUCCCCAUUGCUGGUCUUCCAGAGUUCACAUCAGCCGCUCAGAAACUUAUCCUUGGCUCAGACAGCCCCGCGAUCAAAGAAGGACGGGCAGCCUCACUACAAACCAUCUCUGGCACUGGUGCCGUCCACCUGGGAGGUCUGUUCCUGUCAAAAUUCCUCAAACCCACGCCAGCCAUCUAUCUGUCCAACCCAACCUGGGCGAAUCACAACCAGAUCUUCACGAAUGUUGGCCUUGACAUCAAGACGUAUCCAUACUUCUCCGCAAAGACAAAGAUGCUGGAUCACGAAGGCCUGUUAGCGACGUUGAAGUCGGCGCCAGAGAAGAGCAUCAUCCUGCUUCACGCAUGUGCACAUAACCCCACGGGCGUCGACCCCACACAAGACCAGUGGAAGCAGAUCGCCGAGGUGAUUCGAGAACGCGGCCAUUUCCCCUUCUUCGACUGCGCAUACCAAGGCUUCGCCUCGGGCAACCUGGCCACCGACAACUGGGCGAUCCGAUACUUCGUCGAGCAAGGUUUCGAGCUGGUCAUCGCACAGUCCUUUGCGAAGAACUUUGGGCUCUAUGGUGAGCGGGCUGGAGCAUUCCAUUUUGUCGCAGCACCGGGAUCCAAGGCACAAGACGUUACAAAGAGAGUAGCCAGCCAACUGGCCGUUCUGCAGCGAUCUGAGAUCUCCAACCCUCCGGCCUACGGUGCUCGGAUUGCCAGCAUCGUUCUCAACGACAGGCAGUUGUUCUCCGAAUGGGAGGAAGACCUACGCACAAUGUCUGGCCGGAUCAUCGAGAUGCGCAAGAGCCUCAAGGCCGAGUUGGACAGACUGCAAACUCCGGGUUCCUGGGACCACAUCACCAGCCAAAUCGGCAUGUUUUCCUUCACCGGCAUCUCCGAGGCUCAAGUCCUGGCCAUCCGAGAAAAGUGGCAUGUCUACAUGACCAAGAAUGGCCGGAUCAGUAUGGCGGGUCUGAACACUGGCAAUGUCAAGUAUGUCGCUGAGGCGCUGGACGAUGUCGUCAGAAAUGUCAAAUAA